CACCAAAAAUACCCAGAUCGUGUUUAGUUCCCACCCAUCAAAUAAAGUCUGCAGGGCAGUCAACCCCUUGGUUUUUCGGUGUUAAAGUAUUAUGUGAAAUUUUGAGACUGAAGUGUUUUCAUUACAAGGUCCGUGUGACUUUUUGUAGGAUACCCACUGUUCGGACAAUUUUUACUAUCUCGUGUUUUUUGUAAGCAAAAUGCCUGCUCCAACGACAGUAGCCGAAAAUGGGGCCCCCAGGACCGAAUUGCAGGAACUUCAACUUCGAUCCGGACAAGUCACUGAUGAGUCGUUGGAAAGCACGCGGCGUAUGCUGGCCCUGUGCGAGGAGAGCCACGAAGUUGGUAUGAAGACCCUGGUCAUGCUGGAUGAACAGGGCGAACAAUUGGACAGGAUCGAGGAUGGUAUGGACCAAAUCAACACCGACAUGAGGGAGGCGGAGAAGAACCUUACCGGUAUGGAAAAAUGCUGCGGGCUUUGCGUUUUGCCAUGUCAGAAGGGAUCGUCAUUCAAAGAGGACGAAGGCACAUGGAAAGGCAACGACGACGGCAAGGUGGUUAACAACCAGCCCCAGAGGAUGAUGGAUGACCGCAACGGCAUGGGCCCCCAGGGUGGCUACAUCGGCCGCAUCACGAACGACGCCAGGGAGGACGAGAUGGAGGAGAACGUCGGUCAGGUCAACACCAUGAUCGGCAACCUGCGCAACAUGGCCAUCGACAUGGGCUCUGAGCUGGAGAACCAGAACAGACAGGUCGACCGCAUCAAUCUCAAGGGCGAGUCCAAUGCAAUGAGGAUAGAUUUGGCCAAUCAGCGAGCCCACGACCUUCUCAAGUAGACACAAAACACAAAAACACUGAAAUUAUUAGACUUUUUUGCGCAUCUGACCCGUUUCCAUCACCUGCGUUGCAUCUUGUGUUCGCCGCUUUACCGGACGUCGGACAAUAUUCGUUUACGUUGUUUACCAAACAGUCCUUUAUGUAAAACUGACGUUUUAUUAAACAAUUGCUCAAUCUUCGUUGGAUUGGGGUCAAAAUUAAUGUUUUUACAAGAAUAUAAUCUUCAUUGUAAUAAUAAAAUAUUAACAUCGGUAAUGAUAGUUGAAGUAGAAUGGACAAUUGGCAAUAAUUGGACUAAAUUUGUUUAAACAUGUUAUUUUUGAAUAUAACAAUAAUUAUUAACAACGUUCAUAUCAACGAUCCUCUUUUUUCAUUUUUUAUUUCUUAAUUAUUUUAUUUUCUUUCCAAUCUGCCUAAACUGCUCGUUAUAUCGAUAAGAAUUGGAUACAAAUAUCUCUAUUCUAUAUUUUAACACUUUGAAUGUAGCAAUUUAAUAAAUCAGUUAAUAAUAAAAAAAAUAUUGUACAUGAAA